UUUUGUAGAGUAUUUUAGUACCUAAUUUUUCCAUAGCAGAUGCAUUAGGCUUUCGGGCGGCGCCACUGUGCGCGCAUGCGAGUAUUAUUAGAGACCCAAGCUGAUAGAAUAGCAUGAAGUUUGCCGCAAAUCACAGAAAAAAAAUCACAACACACAAACAAAAAAAUGAGCAAAAAAUUGUUGGUAACACCGGUGCGCUAAAAAAGCUUGCAAACUUCACGCACAUAACCUGCGCUGGACAUCGACUCGUCCGUAUCUAAGUCUGGGAAAAUGUAUAUUGAUUUUUCAAAGAAAAGUCAUCCUAUGUAACAAAACACCGUUCGCGGGGUGUUUAUACGCGUAUUGAAUCGUCGCGGUCGAUGUGCAGUGUCGUCAAAAUGGUGCGACAGUGUUUCUCGGAGGGUUCCGAGUGAGAUCGAAGAGUGUUGCGUCGCUCGGCUGAGGGGCCGGAGCCCGGCCGCGGCCAGGGCCUGGGCGCGCCAUGGACGCCGCCGCCGACCCGCUGCGUGCGGCCAGGCCAGAGGAGGGCGAUGAGAAGCCGAAGCCCCCGGAGAGCCAGGACGACGGCUACGAGACGAGCAACAGCGGCGAGGCGGCGCGGCGCAAGGCCUCCAGCGCGGAGGGCUCCCCGGCGGCGCCGCGCUCGCCCGCCGCCGCGCCCGCCUACGAGCCGCUGCUGGCGCGCUUCCCCGAGCCCCCGGCGCCCGCCGGCUUCCGCUACGACGCCCCGCCGCAGCCGGACCCCGAGCCCUACCAGCAUUUCCCAUUCCCCAAGUUCCCCGAGCCGUACUACAAGCGCGAGCCGGACGCGCCCUACGACAUGAGCCAGCAGCACGCGCACGGCGGCAUGCACUACGCACCUCAUACGCCUCACACGCCCCACACGCCCCACACGCCACACAAGCGCGACGAGGACGCGUACGACGCCGUGAAGCGCGAGUGCGACGAUCCCUACUCGUUCGUGGAGGAGGAAGCGAUGUGCGCGAUGCUGGGCCAGCCGCCGCCGCAUUUGGCGCACGAGCUGGCGCACCUGCACCCGCACGCGCACGCGCACCCGCACCAACACGCACACCCCCAGCACCACCAGCUCAUGCUCGGGCAGCCCAAGAAGCGCGGGCGCAAGAAGAAAAUCAAAGACGAGAACGGGAUGGAGAUAAAGGUGGAGGGCGCGGAGGGCCCAGAGGGUCUGGUGCGGCCCGUCAAAGAGCGCAAGAAGCACGACCGCUUCAACGGCAUGAGCGAGGAGGAGGUGGCGCGCCGCACGCUGCCCGACCACCUCGCAGAGAACCUCGACAUCAUCAUUAUCGGCAUCAACCCGGGCCUGUUCGCGGCGUACAAGGGGCACCACUACGCGGGCCCCGGCAACCACUUCUGGAAAUGCCUGUACCUGUCAGGUCUCACGCGCGAGCAGAUGAGCGCCGACGAGGACUACAAGCUCCUGAACUUCGGCAUCGGGUUCACGAACAUGGUGUCGCGCGCCACCAAGGGCUCCGCGGACCUGACGCGGCGCGAGAUCAAGGAGGGCUCGGCGCUGCUGCUGGAGAAGCUGCAGACGUUCCGGCCCAAGGUGGCCGUCUUCAACGGAAAGCUCAUCUACGAGGUGUUCUCCGGCAAGAAGGACUUCUGCUUCGGCAAGCAGCCCGACACCAUCGCCGGCACCAACACGUACACGUGGGUGAUGCCGUCCUCGUCUGCGCGAUGUGCGCAGCUGCCGCGAGCCGCCGACAAGGUGCCGUUCUACGCGGCGCUCAAGAAGUUCCGCGACUACCUCAACGGCCUCGUCGCGCACAUCGACGAGGCCGAGCUCGUCUUCCCCGACAACACCAGCCGCCGCCCGCAGGAGGAGAUGGAGAUCAGGAGGUUGACGAUGGAACCCGAGCCCGGGGAUACGAUCAUCCUAGAGGACGGGACGGAGGUUCCGCUGAAGAAGAAGCGCGGGCGGCCGAAGAAAGUGAAGCUGGAGAACGGCGAAACCGCCCCCCCCACGCCCAGGGCGCCGCGCGCCCCCCGCCCCCCGCCCUCGCUGGAGCCCGGCGCCGACCAGCCGCCUAAGAAGAAGCGCGGAAGACCCAAGAAGAUCCGCCCCGAGGAGCAGCAGUUUCUGCUCCAGCAGCAGCAGCAGCAGCAACAGCAGCAGCAGCAGCAGCAACAACAGCAGCAGAACAUGGAGGAGCAGCGGUUCCGCGAGCAGAGCGGCGUGAGCGCGCUCCUGCAGCAGCAGCUGGCGCCCAUGGCGGCGCUGGCGCACGAGCAGCAGCAGCAGUUCCUGCAGGGCGAGUUCCAGCAGCUGCCGUCGCCGCUGUACGGCGUGCAGCACGCGCACCACCACCACCACCACCAGUCCGCGCCCAUGCCCGACGGCUCGCCCUACUACCAGCCCAACGCCGGCGUGGGGGGUGGAGUGGGGGGUGGCAUGGAGGGCGGCAUGGAGGUGUCGGCGCUGGGCCUGGCGCGCGGCUACGCGUCGCCGGGCGGCGCCGGGGCGACCGGCGGCGCCUACAGCUCGCCUCGCGCAGUGUACGCCUCGCCGCGCUCGCAGGGCUACUCGCCCGGCCCGCAGCGCCUCGCGCCCACGCCGCAGCCGCAGUUCCCUUCGAGUCCAGCGGCGUUCUCGGGUCCGUCGCCGCCCCGCGCGCCCUACGGGUCGCCGGCGGGCGCGGGCGGCGCCCCGGGGCGGGGCUUCGCGGCGCGCAGCCCGCUGUACGCCGGCAGCCCCGCGCCCUACCGGCAGCAGCCCAGCCCGGCGCCGCAGCAGCGCUACUCGCAGUCGCCGCACGCACACUCGUACUCGCGCUCGCCCGCGCCCGCCGCCGCGCCCGCGCCGCAGGUGGGGCCGCAGACGCCGUACGCGCGAUCUCCCGCGCCCAGCAGUGGCGCCGGCGUGGCGGGCGUGGGCGUGGGCGGCGUGGGCUCGGCGACGCCCGCGGGCGCGGCUUUCGGCGCGCCCUCGCCCGCCGCGCUCAGCUACACGGCGUCGCCCACGACGCCCUACAGCCAGCACAGCUCGCCGGCGCCGUACGCGGAGCACUUCCCCACGCCGGCGUUCGAGGCGCCCGUGUCUCCGCCGGUGCCGCUGGAGUUCGAGCCGCCGCGAGAGGCCGCCAGCCCCAUGGGCAGCACCGACAUGCACCCCGGCAGCAACAGCAACUCCUCGCUCUCGGACUACAACAAGACGAGCGGCGCGGUGGGCGAGGCGUCGCCGGGUGUGGGGGGUGUGGGGGGCGGGGCGGGCAGUUUUGGGGGCGCGCUGUACGACGGCUCUCCGCGCCUGCCCUACCCGCCGCCCGACAACAAGGACUACUUCCCGCGGGAACAAGGCAACAGCAUGUCCGAGAGCCCGCGGUUGGACCAGAUACAUCAGCAUCCCUCCAUGUAUCCCACCGGCUACAGUAGGUCGCCGGGCGGCGAGGCGGCAUUCUCCCCGUUCCGCGGAGAGGCGCAGCACGAGACCCACCACGACCAUCACGACCAUCACGACCACCAUGACCAUCACGACCAUCACGAUCACCACGAACAUCACGACCAUCACGACCACCACCAGCCGCCCGGAUCACCGAGCGAGUUCUCUGCGGGCGUGUCUGCGGGCUCGGGCGGCGGGGCGGCCGGCGGGGCGAAGCCCCAAGACGUGGCGUCCAAGUCGCUGUCGGGACUGGAGUCGCUGGUCGACCAGAUCCCCUCCAUCGCCGAGGGCGGAGCGGGGGGCGCGGGGGGUGCGGCGGGCGGCGCGGGGGGCGAGACCGCCUCGGUGCCCUCCCUGCCCGACUACGCCCCUCCCCUCUAUCCCCCCUACGGCGCCUACGGGACGCCCGCCUACCCCAACAAUGGGUACGGAGGUCCGUUCGUGGGGUACGGCGGCGGGUGGGGCGGCCAGCUGGUGCGCGGCUACCUGCCCGACUGGCAGUACGGGUACGCGCCCGCCGUGCCGCCCGCCUACCCGCCCUACAACGCGCCCUACUACAACGGCUACCCCGCGCCGCCCCCCGCCCACCACCAGCAGACGCACUACCUGUCGGCGCCGCCGCUGAUCGACCUGCACAAGAACGGCGAGCACGCCUCCUCCGUGCCCUCCGUGCCCUCCGUCGGCUUCGGCGGCUUCUGCUAGGCCCCGGCCCCGGCCCCGGCC